AUGUUGCACCUAUUGUAGGAUCAGCUAUUCUCAAAAAAAAGCAGAUACAAAGUAAUCAAUACUAGAAAUAGCAAGAUUAAAGAAACUCAAGAAAUAAUGAAGGACUUGGAUUUAAUCAAAUAUAAUUCAAGUAUAUCAUCUCAUAAUUUUGAGAUCUUCAUAGGAUUAGUAUAAUAGAAACAAUAGGGAAGAUAAUAGACGUUAGAAUAGGCAUUAAUAAAAUAAAUAUCAUGAUCAAUGGAAUUAAGGAAGAACAAAUUAUUAUCAAAAUUAUUUUAACGAUAACAAGAACUUUAAUUAAAGAAAAUAAUAUAGAAGUAGAAACGAUGAAUUUAUGAAAUAGCCAAUAUAUGUAAUCAAAGACUAAUAGUUAGAAUAAUAAGCUCCAUAAUAAUAAUAAUAAAGUUAAACUUAGCCAACACUAUAAAAUGACACAAUAAAUUUAUAAAUUUAAGAUUCUUAAAUAGAAAGGAAGUUUAAUAAUAAAGUUAAAGUACACGUUAAGUAUAAUAUUAGCAUUAAUAAUAACGAUAGUAAUAGUAAUAAUAAUAAUAAUCUUCAAAAUGGAAACCUCAACAUUUAACUUAAUAACUCUAAUAAUAAAAAGUAUAACACAAUCAAUCGACUACAAUACAUUAAACUGAUUAAAAGCAAACUCAAAAUUAGAUUGAUCAAAUUUAAAAAAUCUAAUAAUAACAUACCACACCUCAAAAAAUAUAAAAAACUUCUUAAGAAUAGUAAAAAGUUCUAGCCUAAGUUAUUCAAUAAGUAUAUUAAUAACCAGUUGUUUAAAAUGUUGCAACACAGCAAUCUCAAAUAAAUCCUCCUCAUAUACAAUAAUAAUAAAUUCAAUAACCAAAAAAAGGGAUAAUAAUACUUUAACCUUUUAAGAAUACAAUUACCAAUAAGAUUAAAUGAAAUUUUGUGAGAAUGAUGUACAAGGACCUUAACAAUAGGGAAAUCAAACAGUUUAAUAUUAGUAAAAACAAUCAAAACCAAUGUGUUAAGUUCCUUUAUUGGCUUAAUUUUUGAUAUAUGCAAAUAAUUGUACAUAGACAAACCUAUUCCCUCUAACAAUGGUAUUUAUAUAUAAUAGAUUAUUAAACUUAAAUAAUGCUUUUGAGUAAUUACGAUAGAUUGCAUUGAAUUAUGAAUAACAAAAAUAGUGA